AUGCGGUUGCUGAGCGGCCCGGAGUCCGCCGACGUGCUUGUGCUAGAGACCCGCGAAGCAUUUGUUAUUGUAUCACCCCAAGGCGAACAAGCUGGACUUGUGCCCAAAGCACAGUAUGGCAGCCUUUUUGCGUGGGAUAGCAACAUGCUGGUGCUGGCCGACCCAGCGCGUUCGACGGUCUCAAUUUUCAGAGCCACCGCAUUGCUGGAUGGCUCGCCUCAACCGAAGCGGGUGUUCAACCUUACGACAAGCGAGAGGGCUGUUGCUUUGGCAAUGAGCAGUACUGGUCAACUCAUAGUGAGCACCGACGCGACUUUGUCGUGCUAUGAUUUGAUGGAGGGCCGUCAGCAGUGGGCGCGCGACUGGAGCAGUGGUGCCGCCUUCGUGGUGCCCACAGCCGGUGCUGGCCGCGGCAUGCUUCUUGUUGACGCAGCUGGCAUGGUGCGUGUGGUCGGGUCGGGUGCCGGGAGCUUGGCAGACGGAGGACCUGCAACAGAACCCAAAACCAUCGUGGCGACGGGUGGUGCAGUGGUCAGCAGUGCCUGUGCGUUGCCGACAGGAGAUGGUUAUGUGGUGGCCCUGGCGGCCGACAGUGUCAGAAAUACUUCACUGCCCACGGCGCCUGGCCGCUUAUUGCUCGUCGCCAAUAAUGGCAGCGUGGUGGUUCAGGUGACCAUGGCCUUGGACCUCGACGCUAGCUCAUUGCAGUGCUUGGCGCAUGGGUCAUCAUCUGCCUCCCUCACCUCGUUUAUUGCCCUCUCCUCGCUUCCGGGUGCUACCCCAGGCGGUGCGAGUGUAGUGGCGCUCUUUCAGGCAGACGUGCCUGAUGCCAUCUUGCACAAUAUCACGCGCGUCUUGCCGAAUGGGGAUGACAUUGAUGCCUACGUCCUGGCUGACCGCGACGUCGCUAACAGCGCGCUCACCUCUGUCCUCGGUGCGACGCUGCAAAACAAUGCGUUUUAUGCAAUUGACGUGUUGUCGGACGUGGGAGCAUCCGCCCUGCGUGCUCAUUCAUUCUGUCCACCUCACACAAAAGUGGUCCUCGAGCCUGGGGCUCGUGUGGUGUCGAUGCGCUGUGAACCUUGUCCGCCUGGCCAAUGGUCACCCGGUGGCUUCCAUGCAACAUGCACUGGGCUUCCGGCGUGUGCAGACGUCUUCGAUCUGGCCGUGACUGUGGCCGUGCCGGCCAAGGUGGCAUGGGAUAGCAACAGCAGCAAUGUCGUCUCGAUUGUUGCAUCGGGAAGCAAUCCGCGUGUGAGCCCGGUUCACCUCACUGUGGGCACUUUUAAAUACGAGGUUCAACCCCCAAGCAUUGUGCAGCUUCUUGAUGGCAUUGGUUCCGCCGCCAACACGUGCAAUAACGAGAGCAGCGCCGGAUGUACGAUGAACGGCAUGGUCACAGACGACGAAGUGGCACAGGCCGAUCCAUACUCGUUUGCUUAUCCUGUCCCACAGGGUAGCAAUGUGACGUGGACCGUCAAGGUUACGUCCGUGACAGGUGCUACCAGCAUGACCACCUCCAGCGGCGUUAUUGUCGACACUGAGCCACCCCGCAUCUCCCUCAAUGAUGGGCCACCAGACCGUGACUACAACUUUACCACCAUCACAGACGCUCUCCUCAUAUCUUUGGCUUCAUAUUCGGCCGCUAGUCCACUGUCGGAGCUGGUUGUGAGCGUGGGCACAACGCCUUGUGGUGCGGAGUUGAUUCCCCCCACCAGUCUUGGCUCAGGCCGAGCUUUUGGAUUUGAGAAUUUGGUGUUGGAAAAGGAUGUGGCGUACUAUGGCUGCGCACAAGCAACGAGCGCGGCAGGUCUUGCCAGCGAUUGCACUUGCACAGAUGGCAUUCUUGUUAAAAGCGGCGCAUCAGGUCACGACGUCGCAAAGCAUCCUCUUGAGCUAUUGUUCCGGUUGAACAGCAUUAACGAGAGCACCGCUGAGGCAGAGACGCUCUUCAAUAAGAAGUCAACCGCUGAUAAUGUGACGGUCAUCCAGAAGCCUUUGGCUGCGGGUUUAUUGCUUCCUAGACAUUCUUUGGGUGAUGAUGUGGAGUUGACAGCUACCCUGAAGGAAACGAAAACUGGCCAAGUCCUCACGCGAACAUAUGUGUCCGCCGGCCUCAGCUUUUCGCUUAAUUUCGUCAACACCAGUGGUGGCGAGAUGAGUGAGCACUAUUACUUUCCCAAUGGCAGCUACCCCACCAUCAUCACAUAUCACAAUGCGACCAAGGUUCGAGCAAGACUACUGGCAGAAAAUGCCGAAAUGGUGGAUUUGAUCCCCAGGCUACUGGUUCGCAUGGGCCCAAACGUCGAAGAUUUGAUGCCGGCUGUUGAAACUUGUAAUUCCGUGGAUCGCUUUGAAAGCUACAACUUCACCACGGGGGUUUUGCGUACUCGCAUUUGCCAUGCAUCAGAUUUUAUCCUGGCUUUCGUGCAUUCGCACUUGCAAGGCACCCUGAGUCUCAUCUAUGACUCACUCACUGGAGUCUUACGAAUGUCGCGGACACGAAGCGCAGCGGGUGUGUGUCAAGUUGCAAUCGAGGUGGAUCUGAUGAACCACGGGCACGCUGAAAUGCGCAUGGAGCUGACUCCGCGCGCGUGGAAUCAAGCAAAACAACUCAUGCUACCCACGCUUGUUCAGGCCGUCCGAUUGCUGUGGGUCACCGGCUGCAAUUACAAUGGAUCCAUGCUGCUGUACUCGUCUGAGUCUGAGAAGGGCUUGAACCGCACCGCCGAUUCUAUUUCGGCACCGAUGCAUGAGACGCAAACACCAGCAUACGUUGCAAUGGCGUGCCUCCUUUUGUUGUUUAUUGCUGUCGGUUCUCGCAUGGUUGGCAACGUCCAACGCUGGGAACGCACUCGACGCGCGUCAAAUGUUGCGUUGAUGGCGUCAAUUGCAAGUGCCUUGUUAUGUGGCACCGGUCUGGCUGCCUUGGCUUCCACAAGCAGUAUGGCUUGCGGUGCUCUGGCUUUGGCUCUCAUGCUGGUCGCCACCAUGACCGUUCUGGUUUCGUCCUUACAGCAUCAAACCUCAACUUUGAACUGCGUCUUAUUUGCGACGACGCUGUGGUACCACCACAGGAUUCUACCGCACGUCUACUUCAAGGACACGGCUGCCCAUCGGCAUGCCCCAGUCUCCGUUUUGGAAAAUGGUCACGGUGAUGAUGAUGACGGACGGGGGCGAGAUGUGAUCGAGCUCGACGCACUGCCCGGUCAUCAGAACGGGAAUGGCGACGUGGCUGGACAACGAAGGCCGGAUCAAAACCCACCUCCCGUUUACGGUGCCUGGGAGGCGAAUGAAAAGAGGCCGGGAGCAGCUGGUACGCAGGCCCGUCACGUCCCCGUUCAAGGCGCCCCAAUUCACGGGCAGCCUCGAUAUGUUGAGCUACCAGGCAACCUCGACAUGGAAGUUAGGGCAGCCAGUCAAGAAGAUCAAGCCGCGUCAGCCCAUCAGGAGGACCAAGCCGCGUCGGCGAAUAUGGAUUGGUUCAGUUGUCAGAGUCAACAGGUCUUCCAGGAUACUACUCAUUGCUUUGUUGAUGCGCCUCGUCGCGUCCAAAACAAUCUAAGAAUUGAGCCUCAAGCCGAAGCAGCCGCGCAAGGCGCCCCGCCCAAGCAAAACCCACGUCACAGUGGUAUGUUGCCCAACAUUUUCCGCCGCUCGACUCUGGUCGAGCAAUACCAGCCAGAUGACAACCAGUCAAAUGGCGACCAUUCAGAUGACGACCAGCUGGAUGACGACCAGCUGAGGGGGGACCUCUCGGAUGGCGGCCAAUCGGAUGGCGCCUUGUGGUACCUCACAGAAACAAAUGUGUAG